AUGCAAAAACCACCCGAUGACAUUAAAUCGAUGAAAGUCGAUUUGAACACAGCGUCAUUACUUUUAAGCGAUAUUUAUGAUGAGUUAAGCAGCUUAAAAUCCACUACCUGUCCUGGUCCUGAUAGUAUUCCGUAUACUUUCUUUACUAACUGUAAAUGUGUUCUGUCUAUCCCUUUAUUAUACUUAUUUAAUACAUCACUUAAAUUCGGUGUUUUUCAGGAUAAAUGGAAAAUUUCUUAUAUUAAACCGAUUCCUAAAGGGGGAGAUCUUACUUUAGUCACUAAUUAUCGCCCAAUUUCUAUAAUUUCGAUUAUCCCUAAAUUGUUUGAAAUUAUUGUACACAAAAAAAUCUUUCCGUUAUUUAAAAAUAUUAUCUCUGAUGUUCAACAUGGCUUCAUGCCGGGUAAAUCAACCACCACGAACUUACUAGUACUCCAAAAUUACAUCCUACAAGCUUUCAGAACUGGACUCCAAGUUGACGUUAUUUAUACUGAUUUCUCCAAGGCGUUUGAUAAAGUAGAUCAUUGUGCUCUUAGAUCUAAAUUAUUUAAUCUAGGUAUACGUAAUCCUUUUCACUCGUGGUUAGUUUCAUUCAUAACUGGAAGGCAGCAAUAUGUAAAAUACAUGAGUUUUAAUUCUUCAUUAUUUAAAAUUAACACUGGUGUUCCUCAGGGAUCACAUAUAGCUCCACUUCUAUUUAAUUUAUUUAUCAAUGACAUCGAAUUUUUAAACUCUAAUAAGUUACUAUAUGCAGAUGAUAUGAAAAUUUACCGUAUAAUUACAUCACCAGCUGAUAAUUUGCUGCUCCAGGAUGACUUAACUCGUCUUAGCACCUGGUGCACUAAAAAAAUUUAUCCUUAA